AGUAUACUAUGCAAUACUAUACAAUACAUUAAUGGCUUGUUCUACUCGCCUGGAUUUUUUAUGGGAUAUGAGUUGUCAGAUCAAAGCUAAUUUUAUUGUCAAUGAUUCCAUUAACAAUCGAAAAGAGUUUCUUUUUAUUGUUUAGUUCUAAGCCAGCAACCCAACAAACAGUUUCUUUUUCCAUUUUGAGAUUCAGAAACACAGCCUAGAUCAAGUUUCUCUGGCUCUCUCUCUAAUUUUCCUCGGUCACGCUCACCCCUUCUUCAAUUACUAGAUGAACUAGUGACCACCACCAUUAACUAAAUCAUUCUGAACCGAACUCAAUCAAUGAAAACAAGAGAGCAGAGGCUGAUUUGCAUGAAUGGACGUUAGAAAACUUGAAAAGUCAUGGUGGAAAAUCAUCACCACUGAACCCUUCUUUUCCCUUCUGUCCAGGUAUGUGACCCCUUUUUUUCUAUAUAAUUUGCUAGGUUUAAUUUAGUGGAAUUUGAACUGGUGUUAGGUUUGCCCAGCAAAAAGACUCUGAAUUUUCCACUUGGAGGGUACCUACCUAUGGUGCAUUCAACUGCAAAAACUAACCUUGGCUUGGUGAUCGACAUCCCAGUAACAUUAUGGCGCAUUGCUACCAGUAGAUACUGAAUGAAAUAAAGUGUGGAAAGAAAACAGUUACUUUUGGGAUUUUCUCAUAUUUGUUUUGUGCAGCGGGAAGAUCUUGCAUAUUGACUUUGGAGAUUGCUUUGAAGUGUCAAUAAACCUGGGAAAGUUCCCUGAGAAGGUAUACUGCAUUGCCAUAUUCUUCCUAAUUAACAAUGGUUCUCUAGGAAUUUAAAAGGGUUAGUAUGCUUGCGAUGAUACAAUGUAGGUUCCUUUUCUCCUGCCUAGAAUGCUUGUGAUAGCCAUGGAGGUUAUUAAUGGUACAGGGGGGAGUUUCUGCUUUACUUUCGAAGACAUGAUGCAAGUUCUUAGAACUGUGUUAUGGCUAGAGUGGAGCUACUUAAUUUCUCACUGUCAAUUAAAGUUGGCCUGGUCGGAUACUUCUCAACUGCUCAUUUCUCAGUCUCGGUUAUUGGUUCUGGUUCUGCACGAGGAGGCUUGUCUUUCCACCCGACCCAAUGUGUAAUAAUAAGAUGGACUAAUGUGAGCUGGUGCUUGCUUAGGUUUGUGAUGGAGAAGCUGGUCAUGGUGGUGCAUCUGAGAGUACUGAAGGGAAUGGCAAUGGAGCUACAAAACAUGCAUGCACGGUUGUAGUGCAAGUGUGGAGUCAAGAAGAGAAUGUAGAUAAUGCUAGUUUAAGUCAUACAUGGAUGUAUCGGAGACCAGCAUUAAUGUCAGUGUCUUAUUUGAUCGAACAAGUAAAUCAGGUUGAAUGGCUUGCCUGCAUUCUAUAUACAAAUACUACAUGGAAGAGAUUUGAUAUUCUUGACUUUAAUAUUAGUGAAUAUUUGACUAAAA